AUGUACUUAUGGGGAGCAAAUUUUUCUGUUCCUUACCCAUCAAGUUAUGCCAUAGGCUUUGUUAUAGGUAUUACAGCAGCCUAUGGGUGUAAAACCAACAAAAAAUAUAACAACGGAAUGUGGGUUGUCCAAGGAGCCCAGUUAUUGUUGUUGCCCAAUUUGACCCUUAUAUUCGUGAAUAUGAAUCCCCAGACCAUUGAGAAGAGUCUGGGGAUAAAGAGCACUACAAAGAAAAAAGAAAGCAUCAUCGACAUUGAUGACAAGGAUGAGGGUGCCGAGCAAGCGCAUAUAGAAAAGAACAAGAAGAAGAAACGGCCCUCUAUUCCUGUUGCAUUUUGUUUCACUUCUCUUGUGUAUUCUACCACUAUUGAGUAUUCAGAUUCAGAGGCGAGGAGUGUUGGAAAAGCAGGGAAAUCAAAGAAAAAGAAGGUUAUCGCAUCUGAUGACUCUGGUGAUGAGAUACCUCCUGUUGAUCUCACAAUCUUUGUCUACGUGGAGAAGCCGAAUCCUCCUCAUACGGCAAAAGGUAAUGUCGAAGAAAGUGACAGGUAUGCGCACAAAGGGCCUUUCAAGCUCAGUUCCAAUGACAGCUAUGGCACCUUCCUCCACAAGGUGUCCACUGCACUGCCAUGCCCAAUCCUUCAUAUCAUCGAGGAGAAGAUGUCUUGGAAGCCUCAGACGCCACAAAAUGCGAAGCCUUUGCCUAUGGGUGCAGCGACUGGUUACUCAACAAUGAUUGAUGCUCUGAAGGUAAAGCGGGUGGGCGCACGUGUUGGGAUCGUCAUCAUGCCGCCACUGAAAAAGCCUGAUGAAGAUAUGGCAAAUAUGUCACAUAUCUGUUCCUUGUCUGCCCUCAUGCUAUUUAUCCAGUUCUGGGAUGCAGAUGGAUCAGGAAAGGCAAUCAAAAAGGGAUUCGAUUGCUCAGAGCUUGAGUUUCGAUCUACAGGGGACAGUAUCGUUCAGCAGAAGGAGCGCUUUGAUAAGACGAUCACUCCCAUCCUUUCGGAAUUGAAGACGAAGUACCCAGUCGGUAAUCAACUGCUUUUCUCUGACCAGCGUGUUUACAAGGAUUCUGCCACUGGAUGGUUUUAUGACUUGACGGAAGCGUGCCUCAACAUUUGGGCAUCGCAUAUAGCUCGCAAUGCGGCUACAUUGGACACACUACCACAAUCAACGCACUUCAAUCACAACACGCGUAUUCGACCCAAGAAGACUACCAAUCAAUCAGACAUGUCUAUAGCACUGGCCGCCCCUGAGAACACCGCUCUUCCUGCUGCGGUCUCCACUCCGCCGGCUGCUCCUCCUGCGACGACCACAAGUUCCCUGGUCGAGCUCAUGAUGCUGCAGAUGUUGCAACAGCAACAACAAAAUUUGAUGAAGGCGCCCGCUCCGACUAUUCCUGCCACUGUCACUCCUCUCUCUGAUGCCUCAACAUCUCUCAACACUGCAUUUUACGAUAUCCCUACUGUUCCACUUGUUGACUUCUGCACUUGGUACCGCAUUGAUGAAAAGGACAAGGCUCAUCUCAAAAAGCUAGAGUUUCAACCUGGCGACAGUAUCGACCUCCUGGGAUCUGACGAAUGGAAAGAAAAUGCAGGGUUCACUCAACUCUCAUGGGCGCGAAUGAAAGCAAAGAAUCAGCAGUUUUUGCAGGAUGUUCAGAUGGGGAAGUGGAUUAGGUAUGAGACAUAA